ACUCCAGAGCUGCAGACCAGACUGAGCAGCAGUGAGUCCAGGAUCGAGAUGCUGGAGCGAGAAAAUGCAGUCCAAGCUGCAGCCCUGAAGUCUUUGGAAACUCGACUGACUGCCACCGAGAGCAAAACAAGUGACCUAGAAACAGAGAACGCAGAGAGGAAGGUGGCCUUUUACACAGCUCUGACUGAUUCAGGAACUGUUGGACCAUUCAACACAGACAUCACACUGAAAUACAGCAAAGUCUUCACCAACAUCGGCGAUGCUUACAAUCCAUCUACAGGUUUCUUCACAGCUCCAGUCAGAGGGGUCUACUACUUCCAGUUCACUAUGUGUGGUAACCAAGCAGGUUACAUGGGUGUACAGGUUCACAAGAACAACCAGAGGAUCAUGUGGAAUAAUGAGACUAAGGAAGAGGGAGGGGUUGAAUAUUUGACUAACUCUGUUGUCUUGGAGCUGAUGGCAGGAGAUGAAAUCCACCUCGUUCUCCCAUCAGGCUAUUCUCUCGUUGACACUGUUAACAACCACAACACCUUCAGUGGCUCCCUCCUCUUCACACUGUGAGGAUCCUUCAGCUGCUGUCUGACUCCUUAUUGGCUACACUGUGAUUUACUGCAUGUACCAAAUAAUGAGAUUCUGCAUCUGACUUCUCUGUUGUGUCAUCACAUGAAAGCAACAUUGAAAUAAAUCUGUGAAGCAUUCAGAAAACAAUGUUUAAUCCCUCUUAUUCUCCACACACCAGCUUUAUAAAUAUCAUAUUUCAUAUCUGAAAUAUAGACAUUAUUGUUAUUUUAGCCUCAGUUUAAAUCAAGUGUGCUGCAGACAUGAAAGGGUUACUGUCCUGAAAGCUGUUAUCCAAUCAGAUGUUUUUGCUGUUGUCUCUAGGCAGACAAACAUUAACGUUCCUCCCUUUCUGUCGGGGCACGAGAUAAUACACAGCUACAUGCUGUCAAAGUGCAGAGUCAGCACUAUUUUAUCACGAAGAACUUGUUUUAAACUUGGACUGGAUUAAUAUAAAUAUAGAGAGAGUUUUAAUGUUUAUUUCUAAAAUGAAUAUAUGAUCACUCUGUUAUUUAAAUGGCAUUACUUUGGCUGAAGAGCAGAUCAACAGUUUUACAAACAGUUUACAGGGACACAGAGUUAAAGCUGCCAGACUCCAUUGACAAAAACAAGAAUUUGACCCGACAGAAUUCGGCAGUUUGAGC